AUGUGUGGGCGAGAGACAGGCGCAGGCUCCGUCGCAUGUCGCCUACCCCUCACAUCGGUCGAGGGCUCGUCCAAAUCCCCAGCUGGCCUUCCUCCACGGUUACAAGGGACGGACAUGUCCUCGUCUACCAUGCAUCCCCAGCAGCCGUUUGCCCCCAACUAUGAGCACCCGGCAUUCAGCCAGUUUGAGCGGUAUCAGGCCAACUUCUCGAUGCAUCCCACACCACCACAAAACGGCGACCCUGACUGCUUCUCGCCCACAACCACGACCACGACGAUAGCAGGAGCGUCCCACCCCUCAUCACACAGUGGAGACACCCCGCAGCAAGCCGUCUCGCCCUCACAGAGCCCACAUAUGCUCACGCGCGAGUCGCCCUCGUCCCCAGCCUCAGCCUCUGAAUCCUCGACUCCCAAACGACCAGCCAGGAAGCGGGGUCGUCCGAAACUCGACCGCAAGAAUACCGACGACAGCCAGCCAGCCGCCAUUGCCACGUCGCCCACGCUCAAGAGCCAGCGUUCCAGACGCCAGCCCCACAACCAGGUCGAGCGCAAGUACCGCGAGGGCCUCAACUCUGAACUCGAGCGCCUCCGCAGGGCAGUCCCUAUUCUGCGUCAAAGCGACGAGGCCGGGGUAAUUGGCCAGCCCAGACCCAGCAAAGCCAUGAUUCUGGCGAGUGCAAUCGACUACAUCCAAACAAUCGAGCGGGAGCGAGAUGCAUUGAAAGAGGAGGUCGACGCCCUGAGACGCUUCCAAGCUGCAAUGCGGGGGGCGGAUAGGAGAAAUGAAUUGAUGGAUGAGUUUUUGAUGGAUCCUUAG